CUUCGUGUGGUGGGUGUGCGGGGCGGGUCGCCGGGUCCCCUGGGCUCGGGCAGGUCAGGACGCGGGGUUCCCGGCUGCUUCCGAGCCGACCCUGGGGGUCCCCGCAGGUACGUGUUCAUCGUGCAGAAGAGCUACCAGGACAGGGAGACGGGCCCCGAGAGCUCCGUCAUCACUAAGGUCAAGGGCAUCACCUCGUCCGAGCACAAAGUGUGGGACGUGGAGGAAUACGUGAAGCCCCCCGAGGGGGGCAGCGUGUUCAGCAUCAUCACCAGGAUCGAGGUGACCCCCUCCCAGACCCUGGGAGCCUGCCCGGAGAGUGAGAGGGUAGCCAACGCCACUUGCGACUCGGACGAGGACUGCGUGGCAGGGCAUCUGGACAUGCUGGGCAACGGUGUGCGGACCGGGCGCUGCGUGCCCUAUUACCACGGGGCCUCCAAGACCUGCGAGGUGUCCGGCUGGUGCCCUGUGGAAGACGGGGCCUCCGUCAGCCAAUUUCUCGGGAAGAUGGCGCCCGACUUCACCGUCCUCAUCAAGAACAGCAUCCACUACCCCAAAUUCCAGUUCUCCAAGGGCAACAUCGAGACCCGGGCCGACGGCUACCUGAAACGCUGCACCUUCGACGAGGUCUCCCACCUCUACUGCCCCAUUUUCAAGCUGGGCUUCAUCGUGGAGCGGGCGGGCGAGAACUUCACGGAGCUGGCGCGCACGGGUGGUGUCAUUGGGGUCAUUAUCAACUGGGACUGUGACCUGGACCUGCCGGCAUCAAACUGCAACCCCAAGUACUCCUUCCGAAGGCUCGACCCCAAGCACGUACCGGCCUCAUCUGGCUACAACUUCAGGUUUGCUAAAUACUACAAGAUAAACGGUAGCACCACACGCACGCUCAUCAAGGCCUACGGGAUCCGCAUUGACGUUAUUGUUCAUGGACAGGCAGGGAAGUUCAGCCUGAUCCCCACUGUCAUUAAUCUGGCCACAGCGCUGACCUCCAUCGGGGUGGGCUCCUUCCUGUGUGACUGGAUCUUGCUAACAUUCAUGAACAAAAACAAGGUCUAUAGCCACAAGAAAUUUGACAAGGUGUGUACACCAGGGCGUUCCUCAGGUAGCUGGCCUGUGACCCUCGCCCUUGUUCUGGGCCAGGCGCCUCCCCCACCCUGUCCCUGCUCCGCAGACCCAGGCCAGGCGGGCAGACCACAGGAUGACGGGGAGAGCCAGGCCCAGGCCGGCCUGUCCCCAUGGCCCUGCUCCACCUCUGCCCCAUCCGAGCAGAUGGCGGACGCACCUGAGUGGGGCACAGGCCCAGGUCCUUGUGCCUCUGAGCCUCCCCAGGACUCCAGGCUCACAGACCCCCGAGGGCUAGCCCGGCUCUGAGCCCACCCCCGCCUGCUGACACACUGCGCUGGAGGCAGGGCCCAGAGGGCCUCAGAGUCUGCAGCCCCAGGAGAGCCCCCUGGCCCCACUGGCAACACGGCUGCAACCUGCACAGGCCCUUGAUUCUGCCCACGCACUGUCUUCCUAAAACUGGGAAUCUGAGGACUUCCGUGCGACUGAGCAGUGGGUGACACGGAGAGGGCAGUGCCCUGCUCUUGGUCUGCCCCAUCCCUUCCUGCCCACACAGCCUGGGAUGACCUCCUCCUGUAGCUUUCACAUGUUCGAAAUCCAAUAAACCUGUGUCCAGAACCUUCUGACCUCAUUUCUGGGAAAAGCAUCGAGGCCCUGAAGACAAGCAUGCAGCAGUGGGCCUCUGCGCAGGGGCUGCUGGUGCUCUCAUCAACCUGGUGCAGUGUUGGCACGUCUGCUGCCCUUUACAUCCAGCCGGGUCACUGUCACAGCUGACCAAGGGGCUAGAGAGGCCGACAGUGCAUGAGGACACUCACCUCCACACCUGCCUUUCAGUUAGUGCUUCCCACAGGCAUCAUCCCAGACCCCAAACCUCCAAAUAAGCUAAAAGGGUGGUGAGUGGUGGAAGCCAGGAGGGCGGUGACUUUAAUUGCACUCAAGGAAAAAAGCUUCAGUGUCCCUGCUCUUAAACCAAAACGCCUUCCUGGGUCCCAGAGGAACAGCAGGGCAGGGGUCUGGUGCUGGGAGCAGAGUGGACGGGGCAGAGUGAGGCCGCAGGAGGGCAGGGAGCUGGCACCAGCAGGGGCAGGCCUGCGGUCAUCUGGUUGUUGCAUCCUCAGAUGCUCCAAUGGUCAUUCCAUGGAGCUGCCCCACUGGGUCUGACCUUGCUCUGGGGCACAGCAGAGCUUGGCUGGAUGGUGGCUUCUCCAGCAACAGCAAUGGCAGAUGUGCAGGUGUAAGGGGGCAUGUGCCGAGCACCUUGCAGACCACCUCACCUGUGAUCCCCUCACUCCCAAGCUCAAGGGGAGGGUUCAGACCCUACACCAGCCACAGGGCCUGAAUCUGAAUGACACUGGCAGGUGGUCAGAACAGGCCUUCCCAUCUGCCCAUACCUGACAACCGAGCAGGCCCUCCUCUCCUUGGAACGUUAGCUAUGACGUCCUAAGUCAUAGGAUGUCAAGUGUCCAGUGCACUGAUGUCCAGCUCAUUUUGGAGAAACUGGCUUUUCCAGUUGGGGCCAACUGCCACUCAGAAACUAGGGCCAGGGCUUAGGUUUCCCAGGCAUGAGGCCAACCCCAAGCUGGCCUCCAGAGAACCCCUGGGAGCUGCGGACAGGGUACCCAGUGCCCCUGGUUCUGCUGCAGGGAACAGGGUACAGCAUCCAGGGGGAGGCAGCAGGCCCGCCUUGCGCUGGCCGCCUCCAGUGUGGCUUCCAGGAAGCCCAGCCGGCCCCCCUCCCCCGCUGGCCCUAAUUUGAUCAGAUCUCCAUCUGGGGCGGACUUGGCUCCAGCCAGCUGCCAGCC